UUCCUACAGUAGUUAUUUACUAUCGAACCCGUCGUUUGCCAUAGUACAGUGUGACGUCUGGGCGUUUGAAAACAAAGAUUUUUUCGGGCAUGGCCCAGGAGCAGGCGGCUUUGUUGCUAAGUAGACAACUAAAAGAGCUGAACAAAAGCUCAGUUGAUGGAUUUUCUGCUGGUCUCAUUGAUGAUGAUGACUUGUUUAAAUGGGAGACUGUAAUUUAUGGGCCACCCGAAACACUGUAUGACGGUGGAAUGUUUAAAGCCCACCUUCUUUUUCCAAAAGAAUAUCCUCAUAGGCCCCCAAAGAUGAAAUUUGUGUCUGAGAUGUGGCAUCCCAACAUUGAUCAAGAAGGAAAUGUAUGUAUCUCCAUCCUACAUGAGCCUGGCGACGACAAGUAUGGUUAUGAGAAGGCCGCAGAGCGGUGGCUGCCUGUUCACACUGUUGAAACCAUCUGCAUCAGUGUCAUCUCAAUGCUCGCAGACCCAAAUGAUGAAUCUCCAGCCAAUGUGGAUGCGGCAAAAAUGUGGAGAGAAAAUUAUGAAGAGUUUAAAAAGAGAGUAACAAGGACUGUGCGGAAAAGUGUUGAAGAAUUAUGAUGGCCUUUAUAUAAAACUGCAUGUGCUUUAAAACAGGUCCCGUCAAAACCGAUAAAUUACAACGUCGGAUCGGCAGCAUCAAUCAUAAAGAUUUAAAACUGGAUUUUUGCCUUGAUUUAAAUGUAUAGAUCAUGGUUAUUGUGUAUGUGAAAUUUUCUAUAUAAUAUGAUCUAACCACACUACCUUUGUAUUAUAUAAACAUUAUUACACUCUAGUUGGUAAGGUAUUUUGCUUUUCACAAGCUCCUAUAAAUUAUAAAAGACCCACUGAUCGUUUAACAGUUUGGUAAAAAUUUAACAUUCAUUCUCACUCUUCUGGAAUUGUCUUAAAAUGAUUUCAUAUUUGGUUUUGACACUUGACUUCUGUUCAUUGAUUCUGAUGGUUUAUCAUAAAAAUAGUUCCAAGCCAGUGUUUCAGGGCCACCCACCAUGUAACUAUGACUUUUGUUUUAUAGAUGAGUGAUGUGUUUGUAUAAUGAUUACUAUUGUGCUUAGUUUUAAACCUUCAGGGAAUAUGCUAGAUCAAUACUUGUAUCAUAAACUUGACACAUUGAAUUUCACUGGAAGAUACAUGUGUUUACUUCUCUUAGCAAUGAUUUUUGUUAUUCAUUCUAAAAAAAAAAAGCCAUACAAUUUUGAUAACUAUGCAUUAUCUCUACACUAAUUAGCCUAAAUUUCAAUCGCAGUAUGUACAUAAAUAUACUAAAACCAGUGGGUUAGAUAUUUGAAAUUAUUUUUUUUUACAACAAAUAAUGGAUAGUGUUAUUUGUGCAAAAGAAAACUUAUAAUAAAAAAUAAAAAUGUGACAAGUUUUUAUCAUUGUCAAAAGUUAAUUAAUUUUCCCCUCCGCACUUUUUAUCAAUUAAAAUGUGUUGAAUAGGUACUAGCAAUGCACUUUUAAAUGUGUAACUUUUUGUGGUUGGAUGUGUUAAAUAAAUUUUGUACAGUACAAAAGAUAUUUUGAAGUUGAACCUUCAAAAGAAAUCCUUUGAAAUUAUUAGUAAUGUGAUCAUUACCUAUAUCAGAGUUACUAUUAACAGUUCAACAUUAAAACUCAAUGUGAGUUGUGGUGAUUUUGUAUUUUGCUGAGAAAUGUAAUGUGUGAUGGGAUGCAUGGUUUUUCUCCUUAAAGAUUGCAUGACACUUUAAUCUAGAAUGUAAAAGUCAUGUAGUAUUUACAAUUUGUUUCUAAUAUGCUUUGUCAACUUAUUUUUGAAAAGAAUCAUCAGAAUGUAUUAUCUACCAUUUUUAUAAAUAGCCUUGGUUAGUCAAAUUUGUAAUUUAAAAGAAGUAUUUUGCUGCAUGGGGCAAACAACUCAAGGCAAUUUAACUAUAGAAUAUAUAUAAUGACUUUCAUUUUUCCAAUGUGAAUUGUUUUCAUUUGAUGUUCUACAUUAAGUGCAAUUGUUUUCCAUAUGAUGGCUAAAUUUUUAGUUGAUAAAUUUGGGGCAAAAUUGGGUAGUAUUUUGAUAAUACUUGAACCAAUUUAAGUAAAAAACCCUGAUUGAAGUUAAGCUAUUUUCUAAUAAAUUUUUUUAAACAUAAAAGAAAUAAUGUUGAGAUUUUUGGCUAUAAAGUGACAUUUCGCAUGGUUGUUUAAACGAUGUAGGUUAUUUUACAAAUAAUACACAAGAUGUUGAAAAUAAGCUAACUUAGUUUUCGAAUUAUACUAUAAUGAAGCACAAUUAGGGUUUAAUAAAUUAAAUUUUGUAAUAGUUUUUUGCUUAUUAUCAUAACUAUUAUCUAUAGAUUAACAAAAUAUUUAAAUGCAUAUUGUCUGUUGCAGAGAAAGAUAAAUUUCAGUCAAUGCACCAGCAUUAGCUCUCAUAUCAUCUGUUGGUGGAUUGCGAGCAAACCUAUAUUUGUCACGUUUGGAAGUCAUGUUUAAGAUUAAAUUAUUUCCUUAUGCUU